AUGCUGAACAAGGAAGAUAAUAUUAGCAAGGAAGACAUUUAUAGUCACCUCACUUCCAUUAUUCAGAAUACUGAUAUCUUGGAUGAUGCGAUUGUCCAACGGUUGAUUUAUUAUGCUUCUAAGGACAUGAGAGAUGACAAUAUGAUCCGAGAAAUAAGAAUGCUAGCUGGUGAGGUUUUGGUGUCUCUUGCUGCACAUGAUUUCAACUCUGUGAUGUAUGAAGUACAAAGUAACUUCAGAAUCCUAGAGCUACCAAAUGAAUUUGUUGUGCUUUCUCUGGCUGAACUGGCUACCAGCUAUGUGUCCCAGAGCAUCCCAUUCAUGAUGAUGACACUGCUCACCAUGCAGACCAUGCUCAGGCUGGCAGAGGAGGAGAGGAUGAAGGGAGCCUUCUGUCUCGCCCUUGAAAAGUUCAGCAAGGCCAUUUACAAGUAUGUCAACCACUGGAGAGACUUCCCUUACCCCAAACUGGAUGCCAACCGACUGUCUGACAAAAUCUUUAUGCUGUUCCGGUAUAUAAUGGAGAGAUGGGCCCCCACGGCCUCACCCACACAAACUCUGGCCAUCAUUAAGACCCAUGGCCCCACAGUGAGCCUGCUGCUUCAUCGAGAAGACCUAUGUGACUAUGCUCUGGGCCAGGUGCCCUGGCUCCUGAACCAGUAUAAAGAAAAAGAGAUUGAUUUCCACAUCACUCAGAGUCUAAAACAAAUAUUGACCGCAGCGGUUCUCUAUGAUGUUGACUUUCCAAAGAUCUUGAAAAAAGGCAUCUUUUCGCAUUUACUCCACCAGGUCUGCAGAGUUUCAGAGCCUCCAGUGAAAGAAAAUGAAAUUGAAGCUUCAAGUUGCUUCCUCAUUCUUGCCCACUCCAAUCCCGCAGACCUGAUGGAAUUUUUUGAUGAACAAAUAAGAAGCAAUAAUGAAGUCAUCCGAAUGGGAAUUUUGUCCUUAUUAAGAUCAGCUGUCAAUGCUGACGAGCCCAGGUUGAGAGAUCACAUCACUUCAAUCGAAAGGAUAGUCAAAGUCAUCAUGAGUGACGUCAGUAUCAAAGUGAGGAAUUCCAUCCUCCUCCUCAUCCAAACCAUGUGUGAAAAGUGUUACAUUGAAGCCCGAGAAGGAUGGCCGCUGGUUGACUAUGUCUUCUCCCAGUUUGCAAUGUCCAAGAAGAAUCUGGAGAAACUGAAAUCUAACUCCCUUGAGGAUGAAAAGGGAGAAAUAUCCAUUCAAGAAACAAGCCUCGAGGUCUUAAAAACACUGGACCCACUUGUGAUUGGAAUGCCUCAGGUGUUGUGGCCAAGAGUCCUGACUUUUGUGGUACCUGCAGAAUAUACAGGAACUCUGGACCACCUUUUUAAUAUCAUCAGAAUUCUGAUUAUGGCAGAGGAGAGAAAGAGGAACAAUGAGAAAAAGUCAACGGAACUUGUCAUCUCUACUGGAUUUGUGAAACUUCCUACACCACAACAGUUACUGGCCAGACUUCUGGUAAUAUCUAUGCUUGCCAGUGUAGGCAAAUUAUGUGGGGUUGGUGCAAUAGGACUUUUGAAAAUAUUGCCUGAGCUAAUACACCCACAGUUGGUGGACCUAUGGAAAACACGAAUACCUGAGCUUCUGCAGCCUCUGGAAGGAGAGAAUACUAGUGCCGUGCUGUGGGAAGCUAUGCUGCUUCAGUUGCUCAAAGAAUCUUUACAGAAGAUCAGUGACGUAGGUUGGACCAUUCAACUGAGUCGGGAUUUCACACAGCAAAUGGGCAGUUAUAGCGAUACCUCUGUUGAGAAGAAAUUCCUUUGGAAAGCCUUGGGCACCACCUUGGGAUCCUGCCAAGAUGUAAAUUUUGUAAGCUCACAGAUUAAAGAAUUUCUGGUGGCACCCAGCCAACUGGGGGAUCAGCGACAGGGAAUAACAUCUAUCUUAGGAUGCUGUGCUGAGAACCACUUGGAUACCGUUUUAAAAGUUCUUAAAACAUUCCAAGACCGGGAAAAGUUUUUCAUGAACCGAUGUAAGGGUAUUUUUUCUGGGAAAAAGAGCCUGACCAAGACUGACGUCAUGAUGAUCUAUGGUGCAGUGGCCCUGCAUGCUCCCAAGAGUCAGCUCCUCUCCAGGCUGGACCAAGACAUCGUGUCCCAAGUCCUGUUUCUUUAUGGCCAGUGCUCUCAGGUUCUGGGCAUGUCUGUGGUGAACAAGGACAUGGAUCUGCAAAUGAGUUUCACAAGAAGCAUUACUGAAAUUGGCAUUGCUGUGCAAGACUUUGAAGAUUGGGGGUUUAAAUUUUCUCACAAGGAGGUGCUGCUUGGUUACAUGCUGGAUUUCAUCAGGGAUGAGCCCCUGGAUUCCUUAGCUAGCCCUAUUCGGUGGAAAGCCCUCAUUGCCAUCCGAUACCUCAGCAAACUGAAGCCUCAGCUCUCACUAAAUGAUCAUCUUAAUAUUCUUGAAGAGAAUAUUCGAAGGCUACUGCCCCUUCCACCUCUGGAAAAACUCAAAAAUGAAGGCCAGACAGACAAGGAUAAGGAGCACAUUCAUUUUCUCUAUGAGAGAUCCAUGGAUGCCCUCGGGAAGCUGCUGAGGUCCAUGAUGUGGGACAAUGUAAAAGGAGAAGAUUGUCAAGAAAUGUUUAAUCUUCUCCGAAUGUGGCUUGUUUCACAAAAAGAUUGGGAAAGGGAAAGAGCCUUCCAGAUCACCGCAAAAGUGCUGACAGAUGACAUUGAGGCACCAGAGAACUUCCAAAUUGGCUCACUCCUUGGUCUCCUGGUGCCUCACUCCUGUGACACACUGCCCACCAUCCGUCAGGCAGCCGUAAGCUCCGUCUUUGGUCUGUUCUAUAUAAAAGGCAUUCAACUGGAAAUGGAAAGGCUGCAGCAUUUGCAGGAAGGGCUAGAAUGCAAUGAUGGUCAGGUCCAUAUCAAGAUUUCUGCUAAAAUAGCAAAGAUUAUCAGCAAGUUCAUCCCAAGUGAAGAGAUCCUCGUGUUCCUAGAAGAAACACUGGAUGGCCUGGAGAGCCUCAGCCCCACAUGUGCAAGGGCCUGCGGUGUGUGGUUGAUGGCUGCCCUGAGGGAGCACGGUGCCACUUUGGAAGAGCAGCUGUUGGAUAUCUUGAGCAUAAUUUACCAUCACAUGCCAGUGCUCAGACAAAGAGAGGAAAGUUUUCAAUUUGUGCUGGAAGCCAUCUCCCAGUUAGCAAACUUUCACAUGGAUGCUGUUGUUGCCAACCUCUUACAGAAGCCUCUGCCCUUUGACAGGGACAUAAAGACAUUGUGGAGGGCUCUGGCUGAGAACCCAGCCUCCAGGGAAAAGCUCUUGCGAGCCUUGGUAGACAAUCUGGACGACCAGUUAGAAGACGACCUAGCCGGGAUCGAUGCAAUAGCAGUGUCCUGUGCCAUACAUGAAGUGGUGUCCACAGGCACCCCUGUCAUACACUUAUACCCAGAGCUCUUCACUCUUCUCCUGAAGCUGGUGAGCUGCACUCUGGGCCAGAAGAUGCCCACUUCUUCCUUGAAUCGCCGCCGGCGGGUGAUGCAGCAGGGAGAAAGGCAGCAGCUGGCAGAUCCCUGCAGGCUCUCCACGGUAACUUUGAAGUGCGUGCAAACCCAAGCCAUGAAAGAAGGCCUUGCCAAGGAAUCUGAUGAGGGGGACAACUUAUGGACACUGCUCUGCAGUCCCAGUACCCACCACAUAGGAGUCUGUGCCCUGGCCAGGAGCAUGGCAGUAUGGCAACACAAGGUCAUCCUGGACGUUAUUGAACUGCUACUCUCAUCUCUCACCUCCUCCUCGGAGAACUACCGGAUCACCGGCACAGCUUUCUUCUCAGAGCUGGUAAGAGAGCCGAUCCUUUGGAAGCAAGAGUAUCUACAAGAUAUUCUCAUCCUCAUGGAUCAGAGUGCCUGGGACACCAAUGCCACUUUAAGGCAAAUGGCCAUCCGAGGCCUUGGUAAUAUGACUUCUGGAGCCCCCAACAAGGUAAAGAAGCAUAAGCAGAUAAUAUUAGAGUCUAUCAUCAGAGGCCUGUAUCACCUGGCCCGCACAGAAGUUGUCUGUGAAAGCCUGAAGGCUCUGAAGAAGAUCCUGGAGCUGCUUACAGACCGAGACGUGAGCUUCUAUUUCAAAGAAAUAGUGCUGCAGACAAGAACCUUCUUUGAAGAUGAGCAGGAUGAUGUAAGACUGACUGCCAUCCUCUUAUUUGAGAAUCUGGCAUCCCUAACAGGAAGAAGGUGGAAAAUUUUCUUUGCUGAAGAAAUUAAAAAGAGCAUGAUUUCAUUCCUUCUCCACCUCUGGGACCCCAAUCCCAAGAUUAGCGCUGCAUGCCGGGAUGUCCUGGUCAUCAGCAUUCCUUUCCUGGGCCUCCAAGAAGUCAGUGGAGUAUUAGAUCAUCUCCUUGAUGGUCAGGAUCUGCCAAGGGCCAGGGACUUCUACAGGCAAUUCUGCAUAAAACUGGCGAAGAAAAACCAGGAAAUCCUGUGGAUUCUCCACACCCACUCCUUCACCUUCUUCAACAGCAGCUGGGAGAUGAUCAGGAGCGCUGCCAUCAAACUUACAGAUGCCAUUAUUGUCAAUUUGACCAGUCAGUACUUGACACUGUUAGACAGAGAACAACUGACCACACGGCUUCAAGCGCUUCGUCAGGACUCCUGUGUCAGCGUCCAGAGAGCAGCAGAAGCUGCCUUACAGACCCUCCUGAGAAGGUGUAAAGAGAUAAGGAUCCCUCCUUAA